AACUUGUGGUGGACCGUGGACGAGUAUAACUAUAAACAUUUAAAAUAAAAUAAAAAUGGAAUUUCAGACUUUCCAGUCCAAUUUCUUUUGAUUUCUCAUUCUGGUCUACCAGUCGUGGUGCUUGUCUCCUUCACUCAAUGGAUGCUGCUAAAGUUGUGUCGCAAUCACGGAAUCAGCCGGACGCUUUAAUGGCUCCGACAUCCGAUAUCGAUUCUCAGCUCACUUCUAUCGUCUCCGAUCUGUCACAACAAGUGCAAGUUGUAGUGGAGAACAUGGUGAAGAUGAUAAAGGAAAUUGACCAGAGCUCCACUGAAAUAGCAGAAGAGAUAGAAAAGUGCAAAGACACUGCUCUUGAGAGGAAGAGAAGCUUAGAAGAACAGAAAACGGAUUUUCAGAAAGCUGCUUAUGCUGUUCUAAACAUGCUGAAUAGUGAAGAGAUCAACUGAUGCUGUAUGCUUUUCGACUUUUUUAUUGUUUCCCAAUUUCCCUGAUUGAUAGUGCAGAUUCCAGCAUGUACUUUCAUAUUGCUAGCACUGCUUGUUAGCUCAUACUCUCUCUGUUUAUCCGUUCUCAGACAUUCAAGGUUUCUACACAUGAUAUUAGGAAAACAUUGCUCCAGAAUUGUUGAAGAAUGAAUGAAUGAGUGGAGAUUUUUGUCAAAUCGUGAAACAGCUUGUAUUGUACGAUUGUGAAGCAUAUUAAAAUAAAAAAUCUAGACAACAAAAGCCAAACUUAUAUCAUGAAAAAAUGUUGAAAGCUUUGGAAAUAAGGUCCUCAACUUCAGCAUGUCGUUGCACUACAAAAAAAUUCCAACAUUUCCCCAUGAUGGUUGACUUUAAGUAGUUCUAUUUAUGCAUUUCUACUUGAAGGCUUUUUGUUUGGAAAUUUGAGUACUUAUAUAGCCUGUUGUGUGUUUGUU